AAGAGAAACACGGCGGGCUUUACGAGGCUAAUAAUUAUUCUUGUCACCUUGUGGGCCUCUUGUGACCAUUCUGAGGGCCUCUUUUGCCCAAGGACACUGCUGUCACAUAUGAAAAGUGUCUUUCAUUUUAUUGAGGAGCCAUUCAGCAUCAAAGAGCAGUAGAUUUUGAGUUAUGGUAUUAACAAAAAAUUAAUGCACAAAGGAUUUUUAAAUAUUUUAUAGUGUGCUUCUCCUUUUCUCUCAAGAGUAAAAGCUCAUUCUUGAAGUGGUAACCAAGUGACAAGAAAUGCCCAAUAAGAUUGCCCUCCAUGAAAUGGGCCCCUGAGACAAAAGAUUUUACGCACUGCACAUAUGAAAUUGGCAUAUAUACACAGACUGCUGAUUGGACAACCCUUUCUAAACAUUGUACAGUAUGAGUCCAAAAGGAAAAUCUGGUACUAGAAAGCAGCGGGUGGACUUAAAUAUUGCUCAGAAAUUGGAAAUUAUUAAGAAACUGGAUUCUGACAUAUCAGUGGAGAGCUUGUCUGAAGAGUAUGGAGUUAAAAAAGAAACAGUACUUGAUAUUUAUAAGGCUAAAGAUAAGAUCAUGGACUUUUAUGACAAGUACAGUGUAAGAGAAGGUUCGCAGGAAGAUGUCCAGGAUUGUAGUGCAGUGGAAGCUAGGAAACGAAUGAGAAUGAGUGAAUACAUCAUCAGUGGCAAAAAGAAAUGUUCAUACUGUAACAAGACAGUGGGUUCUCAAAGGGCUUUGAAGGCCCAUGAACGUCUACAUACUGGAAAGGGGAUCUUCCAGUGCUCUGUUUGUGGAAAAACCUGCCUCACAAAGGAAAGGUUCAUAGUUCACUUUAGAAUUCACACAGGAGAGAAACCUUUUGAGUGCUCACUCUGUGAUAAGAAAUUCAGUGACAAUUCAAGUUUGAAGAGGCAUGAAAAAAGACAUAACCCUGAUAUGCCUUAUCACUGUAUGAGUCCAAGAGGAAAAUCUGGUACUAGAAAGCAGCGGGUGGACUUAAAUAUUGCUCAGAAAUUGGAAAUAAUUAAGAAACUGGAUUCUGACAUAUCAGUGGAGAGCUUGUCUGAAGAGUAUGGAGUUACAAAAGAAACAGUACUUGAUAUUUAUAAGGCUAAAGAUAAGAUCAUGGACUUUUAUGACAAGUACAGUGUAAGAGAAGGUUCGCAGGAAGAUGUCCAGGAUUGUAGUGGAGUGGAAGCUAGGAAAAGAAUAAGAAUGAGUGAAUACAUCAUCAGUGGCAAAAGGAAUUGUUCAUACUGUAACAAGACAGUGAAAUCUCAAAGGGCUUUGAAGGCCCAUGAACGUCUACAUACUGGAAAGGGGAUCUUCCGGUGCUCUGUUUGUGGAAAGACCUGCCUCACAAAGGAGAAGUUCCUCAUUCACUUUAGGAUUCACACAGGAGAGAAACCUUUUGAGUGCUCACUCUGUCAUAAGAAAUUCAGUGACAAUUCAAGUUUGAAGAGGCAUGAGAAAACACACAAACCUGAUAUGCCAUAUCACUGUACAGUGUGCAAAGAAAAUUUUGAUUUAGCGACUGUUUACAGGGAGCAUUUAAAAUCUCAUGCUGAUUCCAAGAAGUUUAGCUGUGCAAACUGUGAUAUGAAAUUUAAUUCAAAGGGCAACCUUUUACGCCACAUCAAGAUUCAUACAGGGGAAAAGACCUUCAAAUGUUCACUUUGUGACAAAUCCUUUAAUCAGAAAUCUUAUUUGAAAAGGCAUUUGAGGAUUCACACGGGUGAUAAGGUAUCAUGUUCCCAGUGCAACAAAACAUUUAACACCCCUUCUAAUCUCAGGAUACAUGAAAGGGUACACACAGGUGAAAAGCCUUAUGAGUGUUCAUACUGUGGCAAGAAAUUUGUUCAUAGUUCAAAUUGCAAAGUGCAUGAAAGAAUUCACAAAAAUGAGAGACCUUUUGAAUGUGUACCCUGCAAAAAAAGUUUCCAUACAAAAGCUAAGUUGGAGAGACAUGAAGAAACUCAAAGACAUAAAGAGGUACACAGCAAGGUUCCUCAUGUUCGUUUGGGAAGUUCAGAAGGCAAAGAAAAAUCAAUCAGUCCUGCACCAAUAAGAAAAUAUUUCAAGCUUGAGCAAAGUGAAGAGGCAGAUAAAUUUUUGACUUUUGGGCAGGAAGAACCGGAAUCUUUCACAGACGAUAGCAAUUUUAUGCUUGACUCCACUAUAAAAUAUAGUCACUCUGUGCAUGGCUCUCCUGAAAAAGGUAGUCCCUCUAUCUGUAAAUCUCCCAUGAAAUAUAGCUACUCUAUGCAUGAAACACCCCCAAAACAUAGUUACCUGAUGUAUGAAUGUCCACCAGAGGACUUUCACUCUAAGCCUAAUGCUGAUGCAGAAAUUAGUCAGUCUAAGUGUGAAUCUCCAUCAAAGAAUAAUCAUUCCAAGCAUGGAUCCCAACCAAAGAACAGUCUUUCCAAGUGUGAGUUUCGCACUGGGGAAAACCGACCAAAGAAACUAGUUCAGAAUAAGAUAUCCUCUUUUUUUCCAACCAAGGAAAUAAUUAGAUCUGAAAAGGAGCUUCACCCAAAAAAAAACUUCCCUGAUGCUACUAAAUCAAAGGACGACUGGAGAGUUUUUGUUUCUAUAUUGAUUGUCAAUAUGGAAGCUUGUUUGAAACGCCAGGACUCAGAGAAAGGAUGAUUAGUGUCAGAGUAAAUGAGUGAGUGAACCUAUAUGCACAUGAUUUAGUUAACUUACAGAAAAGUGUACAGAGUUGUUUCUUUACGCAUUGUGAUAUUGCAGUAGGAUGUGCUUAGUCUUUAUGGAAAUAAAAAAUCUUGUUAUU